CGAUGAAAUCAUGAAGUCAAAAUCAGUCCUCUAUUCUUUCUUUCUUGCUUCCAACUCGGCGAUUCGUUCGUUUCGCGUGUUUGUACUCUGACGUUGUGCUUGACAACUUGGUCGACUUCUUCUUUGGCCAAAGCGCUUCAUCUAGUUAUCACAGCCAUACCAUCUACCGUAUUAUUUUCGUUGCAUUAUACUUUCGCCUGAUUGCCGAGCCGCAAAAGCAGUAGCAAAAAUGCUGGGACGAUCGUUGCCUACUGGACGGUUGCUCCUUGUUGGCUGCAUUCUUGCAGCGAUGGCGAUGCCACUUUACGCCGCGAACGUCAAACCGGUCGGCAUCCAUUUUGAUAUCGAGCCUCAGUCGCUCCCCGAGUGGGCUGCCUCCCGCGAAAAUGUCUCGGCACAGUUCCUAGACCUGAUGGCCAAGGUUGUCAGCAACUGGGUCGUCUUCAACAACAACCCUGGAUCGCUCGUGUUCGAUCUGCCUGUUUGGUUGGAAGGCAUUACAAUCACCCGCAACGGCGUGACUGACACGGUGCUGAACUUUGCGGUCAAGCAACUGCCCAUGAUCAACUGGAUGAACUUUCGCGACAACAUCGAUGCGCUCAAAACCAGCACGGUGGAGGAAGUCAACUCCUGCCAAGCCAAUAACAAGCCGUACACGGUGGGUCUGGAGCUCCAGAAUGUCAACUACCCGCCAAUCACCUUUUACGAAGAAGGCGUUGCCACAAUGAAGAGUGCGAUGCUGGACAUGACCCAAUUCUACAGCGCACAAACCCCGUCCCUGUUCAAAGGAAUGGUCGUCCACGCGUACCGCGACUUUGCGCUGGCCAAUUCCUCGACAAUUCCCAUGCCAACGGCGGACAUGCCAGCAAUUGUCUACUACUGGGAGUGGAACAAGCUCGUCGACCCCGUCGAGCGUCAAGCAGAAUUUACCGCCAUCAAGGCGCUGCCACUCCGCGUCACCACGCUGCUGCUGGAAAGUGAAACGCUUGUUCUCUGGUAUCAACAGCUGCUGCAGAACAUUCUCAAUGAUGCCGCCACCUUCGGAUUCCAAAUCGAGCUGACAAGCGGCAUGGCGCGCUGGGCACUGCCCAACAUGCACUCGUACGUUCUGCGCGUGACUGAAGCCACGGCGUCUUUCAUCAAGUACGGCGUGCUGGGUGACUACAACACCGGCCUUCCCGAUGACGAUGUUCCCGACAACAUUUCCGCCAAUUCAGGCCCUGUAAUUGUGCCAAAGAGCACCACACCGGUCGUGGCCCCGCCAAAGAGCACCACACCGGUCGUGGCCCCGCCAAAGAGCACCACACCCGUCGUGGCCCCGCCAAAGAGCACAACACCAGCGGUCGUUCCGCCAAAGAGCACCACAACGCCGCCUCCCCUCAAGCCCCAAACCAGCUCUUCAGCUCCAACUGGCAGCGUCGUCGUUCGUGAAAACACCCAGCUCGCUGGAAAUGCGGCCGCUGGUCUCCUCCCGUCUCUUUUCUUGGCCACGGUGGCGCUCAUCUUGGGUGCGGGCGCGCAGCGAAUCAUGUUGUAAUUUUUUUGUUGCGUUACCAAAUGCUGUUGUUGGUAUGGAGAAUAUCUUGUUGGUUUGUUGUUUUCUGCAUGAAAUAAAUAACGCCAAAGCAUAGAGCUGCAUGGCAAAAGAUAGCAUCAGAUUCUUGA